AUGACAACCAAGAAGAUUCUGACCAAUGGGCUGACUAUGAGGAACAGGCCACAGAGACCAAAGGAACCUGACUGUGAAAACUCAUCUCAAUAUUGGGAUGAUACAGUAAUGGCUAGUCCACCCAAAGGGACAAUUCCUGCAUAUGGCUCAUCAUGUUCAACUGGUGGAGUCUUCUUGGGAAAAGCUCUGGGCAAUGCCAUUAAGAUCAGUGAUGCUGUUAAAGUCUGGGAGGAGAUGGAUGUUUCUAGAGAGGGUCUAGCUCAGAAACCAGUCAAGGGAAAGAUUCACUUCUAUAUCUCAAACCUUAACCCACCUGAUAUUGACAUCACCAAGUCCUCUUUCAUUGCCAAUGUCUCUGAUAUCAGCAAGUUUGAAACCAUUCAAGAUGUUAUUGGUCUUGGUUCCCAAGACUAUUUCUGGUAA